CCCCAGAGGGGGCCACCAGCCCCAUGUCCCCCACAUCCCCUACGUCCCCCAUGUCCCCUGCAUCUCCCACGUCCCCUAUGUCCCCUACAUCCCCUAUGUCCCCGGCAUCCCCAGCAUCCCCCACAGCCGGCACCACCGAGGACACUGGGGGCAGCAAGAGGGGUGCUCCAGCGGGGGCGACACGGGACAAGGCAGCCCCCGGUGCGGCGGGCCAGAGGCUGAGGCUGGAGGGGGCUGGGGGACGGCCACGAUUGGGGACCCGGGCACAGGGGCGCAGCGCCAUCCUGGAGAAGUUCGGAGGGGCUGCCAAGGGCCCAGCCCCACACCUGCGGCGCUCAGGGGGGGCCGCCACGGUCAAGACGAUGCUGCUGGAGUGGUGCCGCGCCCGCACCCGGGGGUACCCGCACGUGGACGUGCAGAACUUCUCGGGGAGCUGGGGCAGCGGCCUGGCCUUCUGCGCCCUCCUGCACAGCUUCUUCCCCGACGCCUUCGACUUCGCCGCCCUGGAGCCCAGCGCCCGCCGGGACAACUUCGCCCUGGCCUUCGCCACCGCCGAGGAGCGGGCGGGCUGUGCCCCGCUGCUGGAGGUGGAGGACAUGGUGCGGCUGCCGGUGCCCGACGCCAAGUGCGUGUACACGUACGUGCAGGAGCUGUACCGCUGCCUGGUGGCCAAGGGGCUCGUGAAGACCAAGAAGCGCUGAGAGGGUCCCCCACAGCCCCCCAGCUGUGCCAUCCCCCUCCUCGUCCCCUGCUCUGUCCCCCAGCAGUAAAGGCCAUGGUUCCAGGCGGUGGUGGCCUCGUCUCUGGAGGGAGGAACGCUAGCACCAAGCGAGUGUCUGGGCAUUGUCACCAGGUUGGGGCACAGCCCUGGCUCUGCCACCAGGAGGGUGACAUCCCCCAGGGCUGGCACGGGGGCGACAGCAACUCCUGGAGCCCCCACCCUCCCAGUGAGGCACAGCGGAGCCAGAGCAGGGUCGGAGCCGGCCAGAUCUCCCGGCGCCCGCUGGACACGCAGGGAGCGACCCGCCGGGCAGCCAGCAUGCCCACCGAGACAUUCUGGCUGCCUCUGGCGUGGCUGGUGGCCACAGCCACGGUCACUGUCACCCCGGUGCUCGCUCUGGAGGCCUCUCCCAGCUGGAUGACGCUGCUCAGAGAGCCCCCGACACCGCCUGUGCCCCCUGUGCCCCCUGCUCUUAGCCCGGCUCCCUCGCAGGACGUGGGGGCCCCCGUGCUGCCCGUGCCCACCCCCAGCGCUCACCCCGAGGAGCUGCCUGGCUGGGGUGUCACGGAUGUCCCCAGCCCCACAGCGCCGGAGGGGACACCGGAGGGGCUGGACACCGCAGCAAAUGAAACCACGGCAGUGCCCACGCCUGGCACCAGCGCCCCGCCGUGCCCUGGGGACGAGGACCCGACCGACACCUGCGGGGAGCCCACGGGGGAGCAGCGGGCUGCCGUGGCCGAGGCUCUGGUCACCUUUGCCCUCCGCUUCUACCAGCGCAUGGCAGAGGCCGCCCAGCCCGACGCCAACCUGCUCUUCUCCCCCAUCAACGUGGCCGUGGGGCUCUCGCACCUGCUGCUGGGUGCCCGCGGGGAAACCCAGGAGCGUCUGGCCGCCCUCCUGGCGUACCCGCAGGGGCUGCACUGCGUGCACGGCGCCCUGCAGCGGCUGGCCAGCGCGCCAGGCCUCUUCUCGGCCGCACAGAUCUUCCACCACCCAGAGCUGCAGCUGCGGCCCCGCUUCCUCAACGACUCGCUGCGCUUCUACGGCGCCCGCCCGUACGCCCUGAGCGGCAACGAGAGCCUGGACCUGCAGCGCAUCAACGCCUGGGUGCGGGACGCCAGCAAGGGGCUGCUGCCCUCGCUGCUUUCCACGCUGCCCCCCGAGCCCCGCCUGCUGCUGCUCAGCGCCGUCCACCUGCGCGCCGCCUGGCGCACGCCGCUGGACCGCAAGAAGACGGUGCUGCUGCCCUUCCUGCGGCCCGGGCAGCGCCCCCGCAAGGUGCCCACCAUGACCAGCGCCAAGUACCCGGUGGCCUCCUUCACCGACUCCCGCCUGCAGGCCCAGGUGGGGCGGCUGGAGCUGAACGGGGGGCUGAGCCUCGUGGUGCUGAUGCCGCGGGGGCCCCUGGAGCCUCUGGAGACCCUGGAGCGGGCGCUGGACCCCGCCACCUUCCUGGCGCUGCUACGGCGGGCGGCCCGCACCCCGCCCCGGGCCACCGCGCUGUCCCUGCCCCGCCUGCGCCUCGACCUCGCCCUGGACGUGGUGCCUCUGGUCCACGACAUGGACUUCGGGCUGUUCCUGGACGCGGAGCUGUGCGGGCUGGCGCGGGGCCCGGCCGCGGUGGACUCGGCGCGGCACCGGGCGGUGCUGGCGCUGGACGAGGCCGGCGUGGAGGCGGCGGCGGCCAUGGCCACCUCGGUGGCGCGCUCGGCCCUGGUGCUGGAGGCCCUGCGCCCCUUCCUCUUCGUCCUCUGGCACGACACCGGCAACUUCCCCGUCUUCAUGGGCCGACUCAGCGACCCCCAGCCCUGAGUCUGCGGCUCCUGUCCCUGUCCUCCCUCCUCCCACCCCUCCAUCCUUCCCUCCCGCCUCCUCCUCUCCCUCCAUCCCUGCCUCCUCCUCUCCCUGCUUCCCUCCUUACC